AUGAAGGAGAAGAUGAGGAGCAAUUUGGAGACUGCUAGAAAUUCAGAUUCCUCGAGUUUAGCGCCAAAACAGUCUGGAAAAUUCGAGGAAUUGAGUGCAGCGGAGCACUUGGCACGGACCAAAGCUAUCGAGCAAAUCGAGGAGGGCGGAUUUCAAGUCGGCAGUUUUAGAAGUGGUUCAGCGGCUAAAAAAAUUCAAAAAUCAACAAAAGAGACGUCCCACGAUGCGGCGAUUUUCGGUCCAGCUUGGAAGUCGGCAGCGCAGCGGAAAGCUAUUGAAAAGAAAGAAUCCGACGUCUCCACAAUCAAUCUACCCACCGUACCAGCUCCACCACUCAAUUCGAUGGCUCCAAUGGUUCCGAGUCAUAUGAAUUCCGAACAUUCAGCCGCCCGAAAAGCCGAGUGGAAAGUGUUCUGGACCGGCCUUCGCCAGCAAUUAAUUGCUGAUAAUCACUAA